AUGAAAUCAGAAAGUGGAAUCUCCAAGAAGUUUGUAGCUGAAAUAAAUUCCCCUGAAGAAAACAGCUGCACUUGCAAAUUUUUACGACCAAGUCUUAAAAUAAAAAACAGCUAUGUAUCUCCAGUUAACGAUCUUAUUGGGCUUGUUAAAAGAGGUGAAAUUAUAAAGACACGAACCAUCAAGGAAAUUCUAAGAAGAGUUCAACAUAUAGUUCAACAUAUAGUUCAACAUAUAGUUCAACAUAUAGUUCAACAUAUAGUUCAACAUAUAGUUCAACAUAUAGUUCAACAUAUAGUUCAACAUAUAGUUCAACAUAUAGUUCAACAUAUAGUUCAACAUAUAGUUCAACAUAUAGUUCAACAUAUAGUUCAACAUAUAGUUCAACAUAUAGUUCAACAUAUAGUUCAACAUAUAGUUCAACAUAUAGUUCAACAUAUAGUUCAACAUAUAGUUCAACAUAUAGUUCAACAUAUAGUUCAACAUAUAGUUCAACAUAUAGUUCAACAUAUAGUUCAACAUAUAGUUCAACAUAUAGUUCAACAUAUAGUUCAACAUAUAGUUCAACAUAUAGUUCAACAUAUAGUUCAACAUAUAGUUCAACAUAUAGUUCAACAUAUAGUUCAACAUAUAGUUCAACAUAUAGUUCAACAUAUAGUUCAACAUAUAGUUCAACAUAUAGUUCAACAUAUAGUUCAACAUAUAGUUCAACAUAUAGUUCAACAUAUAGCUCAACAUGUAGUUCAACAUAUAGUUCAACAUAUAGUUCAACAUAUAGUUCAACAUAUAGUUCAACAUAUAGUGCAAGAAAUAGUCCAAGAAUUAGUUCAAGAAAAAGAAAUAGUCUAUGAAAUAGUCUAA